CGAGAGCAAGUUUCAUCAUCUGUUGUUGGCCCUCUCAUUCCAAUCCAUUUUUUCAUUCCAUUGGCUCACGACUCGCUCCUUCAUUUGUCCUGCCCUGCCCUGCCUAUAUAUACUCCGCUCUGCUCGCUCGCCAACCUCACGUCCCCACCCCUCCGAUCCCCUCUCCUCUGCUGCUUCUUGAUUACCAUCGCAUCCAUCGAUCUAGGCUUCCGCUACUCUCCACCUAAUUCAUCCAUCGCACGGCCGGCCACGGCACCCCAAUUAAUCGAUCGACCACCAAUGGGGGGCGCCAGCGAUGUGGCCAGGCCGGUGGCGGCGAUGGUGGUGGUGCAGGUGGUCUUCGCCGGCGUCAACAUCUUCUACAAGCUCGCCGUGUGCGACGGCAUGGACAUGAGGGUCCUCGUCGCCUACCGAUACCUCCUCGCCUCCGCCGUCCUCGCACCGCUUGCCUACUUCGUCGAGAGGAGAAACCGGACAAAGUUGACGUGGCGAGUUGUGGUGCUGUCUUUCAUCUGCGGCCUCACCGGGGGCUCGCUGGCGCAGAACCUGUACAUCUCCGGCAUGAAGCUCACCUCCGCCACCUUCGCCUCCGCCAUGACAAACCUCAUCCCCGCCAUCACCUUCGUCCUCGCCCUCCUCUUCCGCUAUGAGAGGCUCGCCGUCCGCACCCUCUCGGGCCAGGCCAAGGUCGCCGGCACCUUCCUCGGCGUCGGCGGCGCCAUGCUGCUCACCUUCUACAAGGGCGCCGACAUCACACCCUGGACCAGCCACAUCGACCUCGCCGCCACGCUCACCGCGCGCCGCGCGCACUUGGCGGCGGGGGUGCACCCGGCCGUCGAGGCAACCAACAGGGUCAUGGGCUCGCUGCUUGUCAUCGGCGGCUGCUUCUUCUAUGCCAUCUGGCUCAUCCUCCAGGCCAAGCUCAGCCGGGAGUACCCGUUCCACUACUCCAGCACGGCGCUCAUGUGCCUCAUGAGCACGAUGCAGUCCGUCGCCUUCGCGCUCUGCUACGACAGGGGCGUCGCGCAGUGGCGCCUCGGAUUCGAUAUCAGGCUCCUAUCCGUCGUCUACUCGGGCGUUCUUGCGUCGGGCGUGAUGCUGGUGGUGCUGUCGUGGUGCGUCAAGCGUCGUGGCCCUCUGUUCGCGUCGGUGUUCAACCCGCUGAUGCUGGUGGUGGUGGCCGUGCUGAGCUCGCUGCUGCUGGGCGAGAGGUUGCACCUCGGGAGCGCGCUGGGCGCGGUGCUCAUCGUGAUGGGGCUGUACGCCGUGCUGUGGGGGAAGGGCCGCGAGACGGCGACUGAGGCCGCCAAGGUCGGCGAGCUGCCGGAGGACGACGACGGCGAGCGCAUUUACGUAGUCGUGCACCGCCCCAGCAGCUGCGCGCAGCAAAUUCAACCCGAUCAGCCCCGCGACAGCGCGGCGACGGUGCAGUCGUCGGAGGAGGACAAGCGGAAGCUGCAGGAGCAGCAGCGAUCCACGACGUGAUGAUGAACUCAAUUAACCCGCCGUUGCAUUGGCUAGCUAGCUCGGUUAAUUAAUUACGACGCACGAAUUCCAUCGAUCUAUCUCAAGAUCGACGAGAUGUAGAUCGAGUUAAACGGCGUAGUUGCGAGAUAGAAUUAAUGAACCAGUGGGGUGGGGUUGUUAAUUUGUUCCCCCUUGAAUUUUGGUUCUUGACUGCACAAGCACAAGAUGGAUCGGAGGAGAGCCAGGAGGAAACAGGGGUACAGUGAAGAAAACCAACUCUCAAAGCGAUCCGUGUACAGUAAACGAACGAAGGGACGGACAAGACGAAAUUGUUGGAUUUUCUUUCAUAAUUCUGCUUGCCUUAAUCAGACUGUGCCUUUUUUUAUUUUGUUGACGCAAUUAAAUGAUCAGCAAAAAAAGAAGGCCUGGUGAAGACAUAUAUUUGAUA